CAGUUUUCCAGAACCAAAAGUCUCCAUUGAAUCCGGAGCAGAGAGAUUCAGAGCUCGAAGCAAAAUGGCAGAUGAAGCAAACAGAAAGGCUUUUCUUGAGAUCCAGAGCCGCAUGAUUGAAAGUACAGCAAAGUUGAAGCAGUUUCAGAAUCAGAUAAGAAGUAAAGAAGAAAAGAAGCGUGCAUAUUUGACCUUGGAGGAACUGCGUCAAUUGUUGGACGAUACUAAUACAUACAAAUCCAUAGGGAGAACGUUUGUAUUGGAGCCCAAAUCAGUUUUAAUGGAUGAACAAGAGCAAAAGCUCAAGGAUAGUGAAGCUGCAAUAUCAGCAUUAGAGAAAUCCAAGGAAUACUUAGAAAAGCAGAUAGCAGAGGUGGAGAACAACCUGAGAGAGCUGCUCAACGAUCCUGGUCUUGCUCGUCAAAUAAUGUCCAUGUCUGUGUAAUGUAAUUCUAGUGUACCGAAAUUUGUGGCAUAUCGUUUUAUCCAUUGUGACUGUUGCCAUAUUAUGUAUUUUCUCACAUGUAAAA